UUAGGAGGAGUGAUGGCUAGACAUCAUGUUAUGGUGAUAUUUUAUCGAUGAUAGAGUUCAAUACUUUUUCGAUCGCAUGACAGCUACAAUCUGAAACUGUGUUGAGUAUCACAUUUCCCCCUCUGAUUUUGCUAUAUGGGAAAUGAUGCAUGGUUCUUCUAUUUAGAGCUGUCACCUGUGGAGUUGACAAAUGGUGGUCAUCUCGCUUGCUGUGAUAUUGUCCCGAACUGCUGUACAUGGUCCCGUCUGUCGCACAUCUGUGACAAAUAUUAAAGAGAAUGUUAGGGUCGCUACGCAUUGGGACCCAAAGUUGCCGAACAUGAAGCUACUGUUGGUCACCCUCCUGCUGCUGUGUCUGAUUGCUGCAGAUGUUGGUAGCAUGCGGCGCCACCAGUGGCGUAGCUAUGUUAAAUCUGUGAUUGCAGCAGGAAUUAUUGGGAAAAAAGAUGCAGGGCAAGAGAUCGCACCAUUCUCUUACAGCAACCGAGACACUGACCAAUUGCAAAUUGAGGAAUCCCUUGGUGAUGGUUUUUAGGAUGAACCUGCAGAUAUAUUCCACCUGGCUCCGCUACAAACACCCUAUACGCUAUGUAUACAUGUGUUUAUCUACAUAUCAGUUCGCUUGAUACACGUUUGGCACCUGCUUCUGUACUUUACCUGAAAACAUGUCAAUAACAGUAAAUAAGUCACAAUG